AUGGCUCUCGAGGGACGGAAGAUCAAUUUUGCCGCUGGACCGGCGAAGCUUCCCGAAGAAGUUCUAUUAAAAAUGCAAGAGGAGCAACUGAAUUUCAAUAAUCUCGGUGUCAGUGUCAUUGAAAUGUCGCAUAGAUCGAAGGAAUUCGGAGUUUUACUGAACGAGACAAUCAGUUUGAUCCGAGAACUCAUGAACGUGCCCGACAACUUCGAAAUUCUCUUCAUGCAAGGCGGUGGAACCGGCCAAUUUGCCGCUAUUCCACUCAAUCUUAAGGGCAGCCACGACCACGCUGAUUACAUUGUAACUGGAGCCUGGUCCUCAAAAGCAGCUGAUGAAGCUCAAAAGUAUAUUAAAGUGAAGAAAGUCUUCCAACCAUCAAAGCCAUAUGUGACAGUACCAGAUCAAGAGAAAUGGGUACAUGAUGAGAAAGCUGCAUAUUUGUAUUACUGUGCAAACGAGACUGUACACGGAAUCGAAUUCACACCGACUGCACCAGAAUCUCAUAAUGUUCCACUUGUUGCUGAUGUCUCAUCGAACUUCAUGGCUCGUCCAUUCGAUUUUAAGGAUCACGGCGUUGUAUUCGGUGGAGCUCAAAAGAAUCUUGGUGCUGCUGGUCUCACAAUUGUGAUUGUUCGAAAAGACUUGAUCGGAAAAGAACAAGGAAUCACUCCAUCGGUGUUCAGUUAUAAAGAAAUGAUUGCUAACAACAGCUUGUAUAAUACACCGCCUACUGGAGGAAUCUACACUACUAAUCUUGUCUUGAAAUGGAUUAAAGCUAAAGGAGGACUUCAAGCAAUUUACGAAUUGAAUCUCAAAAAAUCUGGAUUGAUCUAUGGAAUCAUUGACAAUUCCAAUGGAUUCUAUCAUUGUGCAGUUGAUAAGAGAUACCGUAGUAUCAUGAAUGUGUGCUUCCGAAUCGGUGGACCAUCUGGAAAUGAUGAAUUGGAGGAGAAAUUCUUGAAAGGAGCCAUUGAAAGAAACAUGAUCAGUUUGAAAGGACAUCGAUCAGUCGGUGGAAUUCGUGCUUCACUUUAUAAUGCCAUCACAUUAGAAGAGACUCAAGUUCUUGCCACGUGGAUGAAUGAAUUCGAGAAACAACACAACACUAAUUAA